CGCCAAAGAUGGCGGCCGUAUCGUUGGCUCGCUGGCUGAGGGUCCGCCGCGGGCUUUGCCUACCGCUGACGGGUCGGCGGGCAGGUCUUUGCGGACGGGCCCCCAGUAGCAGAUUUUAUUCUGGAAGUGCAGCCGUCCCAGAGGUUGAAGGAGCUGAUGCAACAGGGACUGAAGAAGUGGUCAUUCCAAAAAAGAAAACUUGGGAUAAAGUGGCUGUCCUUCAGGCACUUGGAUCCACGGUGCACAGGGAUGCUACAGCUGCCCCUUAUGUAUUUCAAGAUGAUCCUUAUCUCAUACCAACAUCCUCUAUGGAAUCUCAUUCAUUUUUGUUGGCAAAGAAGUCCGGGGAGAAUGCAGCAAAAUUUGUUAUUAAUUCAUAUCCCAAAUAUUUUCAGAAAGACAUAGCUGAACCUCAUAUACCGUGUUUUAUGCCUGAGUACUUUGAACCUCAGAUUGAAGAUAUAAGUGAGGCUGCUCUGCAGGAACGAAUCAAGCUCAGAAAAGUCAAAGCUUCUGUGGACAUGUUUGAUCAGCUCUUGCAAGCAGGAACCACCGUAUCUCUGGAAACAACUAACCGUCUCUUGGAUUUAUUGUGUUACUGUGGUAACCAAGAGCCCUCAACUAAUUAUAAUUUUCAACAACGUGAACAAGCAGAAGAGUUGGAAGAGGCCACAGAGGGAAAUAACGAGAAACCUAAGAAGAAGGCUGGUCAUCAGCUUGGAGUUACUUGGAGAGCAAAAAACAACGCUGAGAGAAUCUUUGCUCUAAUGCCAGAGAAAAACGCACAUUCCUACUGCACAAUGAUCCGAGGGAUGGUGAAGCACCGAGCUCCUACGGAGGCAUUAAACUUGUACACUGAAUUAUUAAACAACAGACUUCGUGCUGAUGUACACACCUUCAAUUCAUUGAUUGAAGCAACAGCAUUGGUGGUGAAUGAGAAAUUUGAAGAAAAAUGGAAUAAUAUAUUGGACCUGCUGAAACAAAUGGUUGCACAGAAUGUGAAACCCAAUCUACAGACUUUUAAUACUAUUCUGAAAUGUCUCCGACGAUUUCAUGCAUUUGGAAAAUUGCCAGCCUUACAGACUUUACGGGAAAUGAAAGCCAUUGGAAUAGAACCCUCGCUUGCAACAUAUCACUAUAUUAUUCAGCUGUUUUAUCAACAUGAAAGCCCUUCAAAAGGAUCGUCCCUCAUCAUCUAUGACAUCAUGAACGAAUUAAUGGGAAAGAAAUUUUCUCCAAAGGACCCGGAUGACGAUAUGUUUUUUCAGUCAGCCAUGAGGGUUUGCUCAUCUCUCAGAGAUCUAGAACUUGGUUACCAGGUCCAUGACCUUUUAAACACUGGAGACAACCGGAAAUUCAUUGGACCCGAUCAUCGGCGUAAUUUCUAUUAUUCCAAGUUCUUUGGUUUGCUUUGUCUAAUGGAACAAAUUGAUGUCACCUUGAAGUGGUAUAAGGACCUGAUACCUUCAGUAUUCUUUCCACAUUCCCAAACACUGAUAGAUCUUCUCCAAGCAUUAGAUGUGGCCAAUCGGCUAGAAUUGAUUCCUCAGAUCUGGAAAGAUAGUAAAGAAUACGGUCAUACUUUUCGCCGUGACCUUAAAGAAGAGAUUCUGAUGCUCAUGGCAAGGGAUCGGCACCCACCAGAGCUGCAGGUGGCGUUUGCUGACUGUGCUGCAGAUAUCAAAUCGACUUAUGAAAGCCAGGAUGCCAGACAGACGGCUCCCAGUUGGCUGGCCAGCUCUCUGAACUACAUAGCCGUCCUCUUCUUAAGGGCCGGGAGAACCCAGGAAGCCUGGAAAAUGCUGGGGCUUUUCAGGAAACAUAAUAAGAUCCCUAGGAAUGAGUUGCUGAAUGAGUUUAUGGGCAGUGCAAAAGCAUCCGGCAGCCCUGCCCAGGCCAUUGAGAUAGUGAAGCUGGCAGGUGCCUUCAGCUUACCUAUUUGUGAGAGCCUCACCCAGAGAUUAAUGGCUGACUUCACCCUCAGCCAGGAGCAGAAGGAAGCCCUGGGAGACCUAACUGCAUUGACCAGUGACAGCAGCAGUGACAGUGACAAUGACGUCGGCGAAGGCAAAUAAAAGUGGUCCAAUCAGGAGCUCCUGUGGCCUAGCAUGGCUGUUGUGAUUACACUUGAGAACUGAGAUGUUAGUAUUUAAUUGUAAUGUGAAGAAAACAAGAGAAUACAGAUUUGGUGAAUCUUGAUAACAA